UCUAAUUUAAAAAACAAAAGACUUAUUUAUAUCGGUCUUUUCCGCUCCUCAAAUCUCUCAAAAUCCUAACCCUAAUGGCGAAGAAACAACCGCCACCUCCUCCAGCGCCGCGCUCUUCCUCAUCUGAGGAGGAAGAAGAAUCCUCUUCCGACGAAGAACCCAUCAUCAGCAGACCAAUCCCCCAAACCCCAGCCCAGAAUCAAGAACAGGACGACGAAGAAACCGACGACGAGAGCGAAUCCGACUCCGACGAGGAAGAAGACGAUGAUGAAGAGGACGAAGAGCCCCUAUCCAAUGCGAAGAAGCCCCGGUCGAUCUCCACACCGGCGUCUCCCGCCCCCAAACCCUUGGAUGCGGGUGAGAAGUCAAACGGAAAGCGCAACGCCAACGGCAAGUCCUUGUUCCAGAGAAUCUGGAGCCUUGAGGACGAGAUCGCGAUCCUUGAGGCCAUGAUCGAGUUCGAGCCCAAAUAUGGCCCAAUCAAGCUCAACACCGCUGGGAUUCGAGACUUUCACGACUUUGUGAAGGGUUCGUUGAGCCUCGAGGUCAAUGGUUCUCAGCUUCACGAAAAGAUUCGGAGGAUCAAGAAGAAGUAUAAGUCCGUAGCUGCUCGUGUGAAGAACGGGAAAGCAGUCAAGUUUGGGAAACCUCUGGAUGAGAAGGUGUACGAGCUCUCGAAGAAAGUUUGGGGAAUGGAGAACAACAGUGAGGCGAAGAAUGAGGGGAAAGCUGCGAAAUCUAAAAAGGCGGUGAAGGCUGAUGGUGGAGGAGGGAGUUCGAAGAGGGAGUAUCCGUUCUUGAAGGAUUGCUUGGCGAAUAUGAGGGGAGGCAUCUCAGCGGAGUUAUGGGACGCGAUUAACCCAGAAAAUGCGAGGUAUUUGGAGAGCAAGUUUAAGAAGCUAAAAGUGAUGGAGAUCAAAGACAAAAUACGCGAGAUGGACUUGAUGAAGGAAGCCCUUGAGCGCUUUGUGGAGGACAUAGAGAGGAUGACGGAUUGAGUUUGAGAGGUCCCAUUGGUAAGUUCAUGACCCUUUAUGUUAUUUAGUUAGUUUCUAGUUUGCACAAGAAUUUCUUUUAGACUUUGGGUAAUCGUAGGAUUAUCUUUGUGUGCGUACUGUAUUUGGCAUGCAGUAUAUUAGUUCGUGCAACUUCACAUUUGGGUUUUGACGAGCAUGUUUGCUCAAAUGUGAUUGAUACAUCAACUGUUUCGUCAUAUUUAGUUUUUGUAGUUUUCAAUGAUGACUGUGCACAAAACAUAAAUUGGAGUUGUGAAUCAUAGUUUUGAAUCAUGAUGCAAUUUUGUUGUUGGUUCAAUAACAUUGGGUGAGGUGUUAGUGAAA